AUGGCCAAGAAAUCACUCAAGAGGACAUCAGAUGAAGAGCCAAAAGAAGAAGACGAGGUGCUUUCGACCAAGGUGCCAUUUGUCAAACGAUCUCAAGUCGAAAAGGCCAUCAAAGCUCUCGUCGACUAUUCCCAAAAGACCGUCGAGAAGAAUGUCGACCAGGGCGAGCUGUUUGCAGACCAAGCCGCCUCGAACGAACACUUCUUGAACCUCGUCAUCAGCUUGAAGCGGAUCACUCCUAGACCCAAACACAAACCUAUCAAGAUUACUCUCUCUCAUCCUCUCUACGACCCUAGGAUCAGCCCCGUUUGCUUGAUCGUCAAAGAUCCCCAACGAGAAUACAAAGACUUGCUCGAGGAAAAAAAAGUACACUUCAUCGCCAAGGUGAUAGGGAUCGAAAAGCUGAAAGGGAAACAUUCAUCCUAUGAAGCUCGACGAUUACUGCUGAGCAACCAUGCUCUAUUCCUAGCGGACGAGCGAGUGAUGGGCACGUUACCAGGGCUAUUGGGGGCGAAGUUUUUCAAGACAAACAAGCUUCCGAUCCCGGUUGAUGUGACGAACGGGGAUAAGCUGAAGGCGGAGCUAGAACGGACGAUCGGGAACACAACGCUCAGGAUCGGGAGCGGCAGUUGUCUGACGAUCAAGUUUGCCGACCUCAGUCGACACUCCUCGGACCAAAUUCGCGAUAACAUCGUCGACACCCUCGGCCAACUCGGAAAGAAAAUCCCCCUCGGGGGCUGGAAUAAUAUCCAGGCCGUCCAUCUCAAAACCGGUACCUCAGCUAGCUUGCCUCUCUGGCUCGCCCCCCUCGAUGAUUCUGAAAACGGUAGGUUUAAUAUCAAACAUACCGAGGACGAAACCGCUCGCAUUCAGGCCGCCCAUGAACGAAGUGAAGCUAAAAAAGAGAAGAAGCAGAUCAAAAUCUCAAAUAAAUUAGACAAAAUCUUACCUGUCUGA